AUGACUGCCACAGAGCAGGAAAAUCUUAUAAUUCACGAAACGCCCCAGACGCCAAAUACAAAAUCAGAAGCAUUCGUCAAAACUAUGACUAUUCCUUCAAACGAAGAUAAAAUAAAAAUUAAGAAAGUUCUUCUAGAAAAACUCGUUUUGCCUGAAGCAAUAAAGCAGGAAUACGUGAAUAACAAUAAGGCGAAGAAGGCUUUUAUAGUACUCGGCACAUUUUUGUUGUCACUCAGCGCAGGUGCAACGGCAGGGUUUUCUGCAGUCCUUAUUCCGCAACUACAACACGCAAAGGGACAUAAAAAAUACUCUACCGAGAUGGUGUCUUGGGUAGCGGCUAUUUCGUCACUGGCUUUAUUAUUCGGUAACAUGAUUUCGGGAUAUCUAAUGGAUAGAUUGGGUAGAAGAUCAUCUCAAAUGCUACUUUCAUGGCUUUAUAUUGGAGGAUGGACAACAAUAGCAAUUACGACUAAUAUACAUCUAAUUUUGGUUGGAAGAUUUAUAACUGGCCUUUGUCAGGGAUGGUUGGGUCCCCUUGGGCCAGUUUUUGUGGGAGAAAUAAGUUCGCCGGCAUAUAGAGGUUUGUUCUUAGCAAGCUUGUCAUUGAGCACUGCUUUCGGAGUGUUCAUGUCACAUCUAUUUGGAACAUUGCUGCACUGGAGUCAUGCAUCUUUGCUUUGUGGAACUUUUCCUCUAAUUGGAUGCAUUAUACUGUAUUAUGCUCCAGAAUCACCAGCGUGGUUUGCUUCCAAGAGUCAAAUAAGCAAGUGUAUCAAAUCAUUCCAAUGGUACAGAGGUACUGGUCCAUCUAUGAAAGAAGAAUUAGAUAAAAUGAUAUUAGAACAUACAAAGAAAGUUGAUAAAAGAAGCAAGAUUGAAACGUUGAAAAUAAACAUCAGUAAACCCGAGUUUUGGAAACCUUUAUGUAUAAUGCUAGUGUUUUUUGCAAUAACUCAACUCUCAGGGAUAAACGUCUUCUGUGCUUACACAACUGAGAUUAUGGAGAUUUUAUUAGGUAGUAAAACUAACACAUAUGCGGCCAUGUUGGGAAUAGAUAUUUUGCGAUGCGUGGCUUUAGUCACAGCCUGUAUCAUGCUAAGAAGAAUGGGCCGAAGACCUAUUGCGAUAUUUAGUGGAACCUUUACAUCAUUGUCCCUUAUAAUUUUAUCAAUUUAUUUAUACUUAGUGGAAAUUAAUGUUAUAAAACAAGUCACUCCUGUAAUAUCAUUAGUAUUAACAGCAGUCUAUAUUGUUGUGUCAAACAUAGGUGUAGGCCCCCUUCCUUGGAAUAUGGUCGGAGAAGUAUUUGCAUCCGAAACAAAAGGCAUAGGUUCAGGUUUAAGUGUUAUGAUGAUGUCAGUUUUUUCCUUUGGUACGGUGAAAACCGCGCCAGCAAUGUUUAAAAAUAUAGGACAUUACGGUACUUAUUUAUUUUACGGAAUGUCAACAUUAAUAGGUACGAUAUUUUUGUAUUUCUGUCUCCCCGAAACAAAAGGAAAAACUUUAUUACAAAUAGAAGAACGCUUUAGGUCAGGCAAGAAAAGGAAGAUUCUAGAAACGAUUGAUAUAACGUCCGCUUAA